AUAUGACGUCAACAGCAUUCCCAUAUGAGCUUGAAGAUUGCUGAGUUUUGUUAAAGGUUUCGCUCUUUAACAGACGUAGGAAAAUUUUAUUGUUUUAAACACGUCUACUUUUUCGAGACGUAUAAUUAGUUAACUGUCACUGAUUUCUAGAGAGGAUAUUAUCUAUAUUUACUAUAAAUGUAAAGAUGGAAUCUCUAGGUGGGGAAGAAAUUCAGAAAGAUGAGUUAUUUGGUUUUGCAAUAGCAGCAGCAUAUGGACUAACUUCAGCAUCUAUGGCCUUUUUAAAUAAAAGUUUGUUGACAGUUUUUUUGUUUGAUGCACCUAUCGUUAUAAUGCUGGUACAGAUGAUUUUCAUGUUAAUUAUUCUCCAGUUUCUUAAAACUUUGAAGAAAAUCAACUUAGUAGGAUAUUCUCUAUCUUUAGGACGCCAGAUGUUCUUACCGUCAGUGCUUUAUGCUUGUCACAGUAUUCUUGCACUAUGGGCUCUAAAAGGUAUGAACAUUCCUAUGUAUGGAGCAAUCAAACGCUUGGCACCUGUUGUUACUUUGGGGCUUGGAAUCAUUGUCCUAAAUAAACCGAAACCGUCCAAAACAGUGUUUAUUUCUGUAAUUGCAGUUACUGUUGGUUGCCUUUUAGCAGCUUAUGGAGACUUGAAAUUCGACGCUUUAUCAUAUGCUAGCGGGGGAGCAAGUGUUCUUUUUCAAGCUGGCUACUUAGUUUGCGUUCAAAGAGAAUCUGCUAAUAUUCCUGCAAUUGAUGCUGUAUAUGUAAAUGCUCUACAUACAGCUCCUCUCUUUGCCAUACUAUCACUUUUUGAGCUAUCGCACCUAGCAAUACCUACAUGGUCUACAAUAUUUAUGUUAUGUACAACAACGAUAUUAGGCUGUGUGCUCAAUUAUUUACUUUUUCUUUGUACAAUGUAUAACUCAGCCUUGACGACCAGUAUCACAGGAGUUCUCAAAUCUGUGGCUCAAACGGCGAUCGGCUGGUUUACAUUUGAAGGUAUAUCAGCUAAUUUUCCAAUAGUUUCAGGCAUAUGCAUAAAUAUAUUUGGAGGUCUGCUCUAUACUUAUGCAAAACAUGUGGAAUCUAAAAAGAAGUCGAAUUUUGCCUCGGAAAUAGAACAGGGUCGAAACUAG